GGGGGAUCCCCGCGUUGGCCACCGCUGCGGGACAGAGCGACGCCGACGACCCGCGGGAGGCGCCGAUGACCUUCGGCUACCCCGUGGGCCUCGGCGACGGCGCGUCGUUCGCGCGCUUCGACGUGAGCGCUGGGGCGCUCCGCCGAUUCGGCGGCUGGAAGCACGGCCAAGUGGUGCGCGACGACCGCUCCGGCGAAGAGCUGGCGGUGGUGGGGGUCAAGCGCGAGGCCUGCACGAGGGAGGAGCGGCUCUGGCUGCAGCCGCUCGGAUCCGGUGGGCGCGAGGCAGUCUCCAUCCGAGCAGGCGACGUCGGGCACCUGUCCAGCGUCUACAGGGAGGGCUCGCGCACCGUGCUGAAGCACGUGGAGCUGCAGCAGGCGGCCGAGGAGGCCUUCGCGGCCGCGGAGGACUCCGACGGCGAGGACCUGCUCCUGUGCGCCCAGUGCCGGCUGCCCCUGAGCACCCAGACCUACCCCGACGAGGGCGGCCGCCCGCUGCACGCCGAGUGCGUCGUGCAGAGCUCGCUGCGCCAGGCGAGGCGCGACGAGCGCCGGGCGGAGCUGCAGGAGGCCGCCCGGAAGCGCGAGCUGCGGCGCAGGUUCGGCAUCGGCUGGUGCGCCGACAAGUGCGCCGCUGGGAUGGGCACGGGCAUGGUGGGCGUCGCCUUGCGCGGGUCUUCCAUGCGCCGCGUCGCCGUCAGUGACCCCGUGGCCAGCGUCUGUCCGGAGUACCUCUCUGCCGCGCUGCGUGCUCGCCUUGAGGAGGGGUGCGAGCCCACCUUCUCGCUCGACCCCUCGCCGGUCGGCCCGGGCGCGGACGGCGCGGGCCGAGAGGAGGGCAGCAUGCAGGUCAAGCGCUUCGCGCCGGCGUGGCUGCGGGGGACCAGUGCGGGCGAGGUGCUCUUCCAGGCCGACUACCACCUGAAGGAGCUGUCCAUGGGCGAGUGCAGGCAGCCCGUCGUCGGCAUGCGCAGCUGCCUCGAGUACGCGGACGAGGAGUGCGCCGAGGGCGCCUGGCGCGCGCGCGAGUGGUUCGUGGUGCGGGGCGCGGAGGUCUGGACGUCCGACGAGGGCCUGCUGAUACCGCGCGUCCGCAUGGGCGUGGAGGCUCGCGAGCAGCUGCUGGGCCCCGGGGGGCUGGAGGACAAGACGGUCACCAGCCCCGCCCACCCCCUGGUCCGGUACGCUCGGGAGUUCACCGACAACUUUGAGCUCAUCGCGGAGCGCCGCAGCGUCUUCCACCACCUGCGCGAGCUCGCCAAGGCGGCCGUCCUCGCCAAGUUCCUGCUGGAGGCCGGGGCGCAGGUCGAGGAGAUCCACAGGCCUCCUAUAGGCCUCGAGAGGAGGCCUGGCUGGCGCGGCGGGCCCCGGCGGGCGACCGCUGCCCGGAGGUGCCGCAGCUGUGGAACGAGCGGGCGUCCGGCUCCCCGGGGGUCCGCGCGAGGGACGGCAGGCUGGUGCAGGCGGGCAGCGCCGGGCGGCGCAGGGUGCGCUGCCUGUCUGGCGGGGUGCACUUCGGCCUGGACAGCAGCAUCGGUCAACCUGCCUGCCGUUGAUCACCACCCACCAAACCCAGACCCCCUCGAGCAAUGAAAAAAUCAUGACGGGAGGUUUUUCG